CGUUCCCAACUUCACUCAGUGAGGCCGGAGACCUGAGUGGGAACGUACGCAAAUCUUUCGCUCCGGCCUUCGCGACCUUGUUCUAUUUAAAUGCAAGUGCAGUGUGACAGCGCAAAUUAAGAUUAUGUGAAUAAUUUUUCCGAUGCCACUCUAUUCAUCCUACCUCAUUUCAUCAAAGCAACAAGUGCUCUACUGUAUUACGAGUAAUUAAAGCGAUUAUAGACAUAGAGAAAAGUUGCAUGGUUCGAGGUUCGGUGUCAGUGUUUUGUCCGCUUAAAACUAGUCAUAAUUUUGCACAUAAGCAUUUUAUAAACAGGUUGUCAAGUCGCGCCACAAUGGUCAGCUGUACGACGUCGUGUGCUGACUGACAGUGUCGUCUUCAACCACUCAGUAGUCGCAGUAUAAUAGUUAAUUAAACAGACUGCCUUACCUCAGUGCGGCAACGGCACAACUAAAUUGGACAAAAUGGAUCUUCUCUGUUGCGAAAAUGCUUCUAUGGACCUCGAUAUGAAGUGCAAAGCUUACUUAGACCCAGUGUUAAUUAAAGAUGACCGAGUCUUAUUAAAUCUCUUGAACUUAGAGGAAAAAUACAUGCCAAAUUCGAGUUACUUUUCGUGUGUGCAAACAGACGUUGAACCACACAUGAGAGAGAUCGUCGCCCACUGGAUGUUACAGGUGUGUCAGGCGGAGCGGCAGGAGGAGGAGGUGUUCACGCUGGCCAUGAACAUGAUGGACAGGUUCCUCUCGCUGGUCAAGAUGCGGCGGGAGCAGCUACAGCUCUUGGGCACCGUCUGCCUCUUCCUCUCCUCCAAGAUCAAGGAGUCUCCGCCCCUCGACCCCUCCCGCCUCGUCCAGUACACCGAUAACUCCGUCACCCUCGAGGAGAUCAGGAAGUGGGAGUUGCUGGUCCUGUCGAGGCUCAAGUGGGACUUAGCGGCGAUCACCCCGCACGCCUUCCUCGACCAGAUCAUCGCCCGUCUACACCUCACCUUCCCCGAGACACAAAUGCGGACAGUUCGGGAACACGCCACAUUUUUUAUCACAGUCUGCGCCACCGGUGAAGCUCAAAGCAAUUCAGACUUCCAAAAGAGACACGUGAAAACUUCUUGGACUCAGUUAAGGGUGAAGGUGCCUCAUGGGGGCAUUGGUUACGGUAGCAAGUUACAUUGA